GUUGUGUGGGUGUGAACUCACUGCUCAGUCCUGUGAGAGUUUGUCAUCAGUCCUCAAAAAAUCCUCAAACUCUGUCCUGAGAGAACUGGAUCUGAGUAAAAAUGACCUGCAGGAUUCUGGAGUGAAGCUUCUUUCUGAAGGACUAAAGAGUCCAAACUGUCAGCUGGAGAUACUGAGGUUGUCUGGCUGUAUGGUGACAGAGGAAGGCUGUGGUUAUUUGUCUUCAGCCCUAAGUUCAAACCCCUCACACCUGAGAGAGCUGGAUCUGAGCUACAAUCACCCAGGAGAUUCAGGAGUCAAGCUACUCUCUGAAAAACUAGAGGAUCCAAACUGCUCACUGGACAAACUCAAUGUUGAUCAUGGAGGAGAAUCCAGGAUUACAGCAGGACCGAAGAAAUAUGCCUGUUUUCUCACACUGGAUCCAAACACAGCAAACACUCAACUCAGUCUGUCUGAGGAGAACAGAACAGUGACAUUUGUGACAGAGAAACAGUCGUAUCCUGAUCAUCCAGACAGAUUUGAUCUGUUUUCUCAGGUGUUGUGUAGAGAGAGUGUGUGUGGACGCUGUUACUGGGAGAUUGAGUGGAGUGGAAAUGUGUAUAUAUCAAUGUCAUAUAAGAGCAUCAGUAGGAAGGGAGGGGGUGAUGAAUGUGUGUUUGGACGUAAUGAUCAGUCCUGGAGUUUGUUCUGCUCUUCUGACAGAUACUCAUUCAGACACAAUAACAUAGACACUGAUCUCCCUGUGAAGCCCAUCAUCAGUAGAAUAGGAGUGUUUGUGGAUGUGAGUGCAGGAACUCUGUCCUUCUACAGCGUCUCUGACACAAUGAGUCUCAUCCACACAGAACAGACCACAUUCACUCAGACGCUCUGUGCUGGGUUUUGGGUUUAUUCUAGAUCAUCAGUGAAACUGUGUUGAUGAAUGAGAACAGACUGAUGAGAGAUUGUACCCAUAAUGCUUUGAGCUGAUGAUGAAUCAGUAACAGUGAGAUGUUAUAGAGUCUCUUCAUCACAUGAAUAUGAACAUGAAUCAGAAUUAAUGUGUGUGAUAAAUCCUCAUAUAGACAGUAAGAUCAGUGUGUGUGUAAGUAUAUUUGUGUUUUAUUGUCGUGUCUCAUCAAUCAUUUGUUUUAUUAGUGUUAAAAAUGUAAAAAUGUCACAAUCAUGAUAAAGAUUAUGUAAUUCUUUUCUCUUGUUUUUGCACAUAAAUAAUAAAACACAGUCACAAAUCAACCUGAAAUCAGAUUUUAAUUGAUGUUUGUAUCAUGAAUAUAAUCAAUUCCUCACAAGACUGAAAUGAGUUUCUGACAUUAUAAAAUAUGACAAUAAUCACAGCAUUUACUAUAAUACAAUAUUUUGUAAAUACAGUAAAGUUGUAUUAUGGGAUCUCCUUAAAUAAAAAAGCUGUCAGAAUA